AUGUUGACCUUUUGCCCCUUGUGUCUGAACCUAUUGAUGAUCCAGUCAACCACCGAGGAUAACGUCAACAAGUUUCAAUGCAGCACUUGCCCUUACUCAUUCCCCAUCGUUGGAUUCCAGAUUUUCGACCGAAAGACACUCAACACGAAAGUGGUGGACGAUAUUUUAGGUGGAGAAGGUGCCUGGGACAACGUAGACCAGACGCAAGCACAGUGUCCCGUGAACUCAUGCUCGGGCAACAAGGCAUACUACUUUCAGCUCCAGAUUCGAUCGGCUGACGAAAACUCAACAACGUUCUUAAAGUGCACAACGUGCUCGCACCGCUGGAGGGAGGACUAA